AUGUUGUCUUCAGCUAUAAAGGAAGCUCUCGCUAUACUACCAUCAGAUGAAAAGAUCACGAUGUUUGUCCAGAUCUUUCUAAAUAUCUGUGAAACCAAUUAUUUCUACGCUAUUCAUCUGGAAGUGUAUGGAAAAUUGGUCGAUCUCUACGAAGCAAGACGGGUCGGAGACUUGGAAUACUUCUAUCGAGAAUGGCCCUUUUUGGUAAUCGUUUUGUCAAUGCUUUCGGUGUCGGCUGGUUUUGAUUAUAUUGGAUCCAAAUUGCCCAUACCUCAAGAAGAAUACAGUGUUAAUCCCGGAUACAAUUACUACUUCGCUUCAAUGCCCUUUGUAGGUUUCUUAUUAGACAGUAAAGCUAUCGAAGGUGCACAAGCUCUUUUGAUGUUGGGAGUGUUUUUGACUACAAACAAGAAUGAACAAUUUGGAUUGGCUGAUGGAGGUUACUCAUUCAUGGCUUUGGCUUUAGAGAUAGCUAUUUCCAAUAAACUUUAUACCAAGGACACAUUUAGUCGUCUACCUGAUUACGAAGCUGAAGCCAUGAAGCGCCUUUGGUGGUCAUGUUACACUUUAGAGAGAAGACAUGGGUUCAAUCUUGGAAAACCAGAGUUAUUCCGAAUCGAAGACAUCACCGUUGGAUUACCAGAGUACAGUUUUGAACUAAGGAAUAACAGUGGCUCGUCAAACCAUCUCAAUCAAAGAGUAGUGAUUCAGUUAACAAUGGUUUUCAUCAAGCUAACUAAACUAGAAUACACUAAAACCACCUCAGCUAAUAGAGUUGAAAUCGAUACAAAGAUGAUCAGAGCACUAGCUGACGAUGUGGAAGAAUGCAGAGCAAGCUUCCCAGAAUACGCUUUGAUAGAAAACCUCGAUCCUUCAGCGGACUUAUAUAGAGGUAACGUCCAUCUCCAUUUGAACUACUACCUUGCAAAGAUCUACAUCGGAAAGCCGUUUUUGCUUUACAAAGUUGAGAACCAACUGAAAAUCCAAGAAAAUAGCUACGAGACUGCUAUUGUCGAUCACUUGUCUUCUAUUUGCAUCGAUGCUGCUUUCUGCUCUAUUGAGCUACUCAGCGUUCUUGAAAAAAACUCUAAAUUGGGGCAAUUUUCCUUUACCGACCUCAACUUUUGUAAUAUUUCACUUUUUGUCAUAUUGGUGUAUUUGAACAUUGACAAAUCUGACAAUACACUUCUUUUCCUUCUGAAAGGGUUAGGUAUUCUUCGAACCCUUUCUCGUGGUUCAGCUACAGCAAAGCUGUCAUUGAACAAACUUCAAAAAUUUAUUGACUUAGUCUCUGUAGUUGACACAAAGACUACAGAUUCUAGCCAAGCACCGUAUGCUCUUGUAGAUCUUGAAGCCGGAGGAAUGGGCUUUCCUGAACUUCCUUCAGACAUUGAUGGUUUUCUCCAGUUGGAGAAUUUUGGGUUCAUGGAC